GUAUACGUGGAUCAGAUUCAUGCUGAUGUCCAUGCCAUAACUCGUCAUUGCCCUGACCAGCGCAGGACAGUUGUACUUGUGGCUCACUCAGCCUUUAAACUUCCUCCAGACCAUCUACUGCCAACAGAGUCUAAUAUGAAGGUACAGAUGCAUGGUAUUCCACCAUUAAACAUACCAGGUGACAUCGAAGAGGUCAUUUUCGAGGCAACUCUUGUGAAGAAGAAUGGUUUAAAGGAGUUCAAGAAAGAUGGCAGUUUCAUCAAUGGACUAGAGUCACAUGUAGCAGUGAUUCAGGAAAAUAUACCAAUACAACAAUCCAAGGUGCUUUAUAUACCCGCUAAGAUUGGCUCAGUGUUAAAACAUUUCAGAUCAAAUGACCAUUCUCUCUGACUAGUAUCAUAUAAACAAAAGACCCAUUCAGCGUGGCUCAAUGUUGUCCCAUUUCAGACCACAUGUCCAUUCUC